CACACAGGAAGAAAAUAGAAAAUUAAAAUUAAUAAUUUACUGUAUGGCUUGGUUUGUGAAUCUGCUUGAGUCGAGAGAAGUGCUUAAAAGCAGAGAAAGGUUUGCUGCUUAUUAUGUGAAAAACUUGAGAUAACAACUCCAGCCAAUACUAGUCUUUUACAAGCAGAACAACCGACCAACCGACGUAUGAGCAUAAUGGGACAAGAUAGUAAGAAAAUACCUGUCGUCAACCGCCGGCAACCAGCCCCGGGUGUACCGGUACAGUCUAGUGCGCCCUCACUUGCCUCUUCUAGCAUGGAUGGAACAUAUAAAUUCAUUCUAAGUGGACUAGCAGCAUGUACAGCACACGCCAUCCACCAUCCUCUCUACACCCUCAAGUCUCAAAUGAUGUUCUAUGGACACGACUUUCGCUUCGGGGAAUUCAUGAGACAAGCUACCUCCCCGCAAUUCCUUUACAGAGGCCUAGUUCAAAGAAUGGUUGGAAUAAUGCCAGAGAAGGCAAUGAAGAUGAGAGCCUGGGAUGUUGUUGAAGGAUAUAUCGAGAAAAAGUCUCCAAAUGCAAAAUAUACCAAAUGGCUUUUGGCAGGAGGGAUGGCAGGGGUAGCAACAACAGUAGUAGGUUGCCCAUCAGAGAGAGCUAUGGUAUUGGCAAUGAUCAGGAAACAAGGUUUUAUUCAAGUCGUAAAAGAUACCGGACUAAAGGGACUGUAUAAAGGAUGGACUGCAACGCUAUACAGGGACAUUCUAUUUAACACUACCCUCUUUACCACUAGGAAAAUCUUUAUAGAGCAAUACUGCAAAAUGACAGGAAAGACAGAUGCUAAUAUACCAGAGCGUAUAGCAUUGGGUCUGGUGCCAGGCUUCCUGGCAUCAGUCAUUGGUUGUCCUCAUGAUGUAGUGAAGACAAGAAUGCAAGGAGCUAAAUUAUAUGCUCCGUAUCGAAGCUGUUAUACAAUAUUCUUUGAUAUUAUACAGAAAGAGGGAGCCCGUAAUCUGUGGAAAGGACUGUUGCCACGACUGAUAGCUGUACCAAGUAUGAUGUCUUCCUUUAUCGUCAUAGAUGAAGAGUAUAAAAAGCUAUUUGGUUACUGAGUCCCAAUCAUGGAUAUACCGAGCCCCAACCAUACAUAUAUCACGUGUAAUGUUAUUUUUGAUGCCUCGUGCAUUAUUUUAUUGUAUUUAUUAUUUAUUUUAUUUCAACCCACACAGAGUCAGAGACUUUAUCAUAUUGUAAUAUAACAUUAGUUUUUCAAUGUACCAUAACAUUCUAUAUAUAUACUCUAAUAAAUCAGUUACAGAAUUAUAAUAACUUUGUGUAGUACAAA